AUGAUAUUACUACUACUUCGUAUUCACUGUGUGAUACUUGUACUAUUACUACUACUUGUUGGAUCAUCAUCAUCACUUGCCGACACACUACCAUUCAAUGGACGCUUCUACCAACUGGCACCGACCAAACUCAACUUCCAACAAGCUAUGAACUAUGCUUCAAACACAAUAUACCAAAAUAUGAAUGGCACCAUACUAUCAUUGAAUGACUUUAAUGAGUACACUUUCAUAAAGAAUAACUUUGGAACAUUGGUGACGGACUUUUGGUUGGGCGCAGAGAGACUCGAUCAACAUGGUUCAAGUUGGGGCUGGAUCAAUGGCUCGUCAAGACGGCAGCCGUUCUACACAGCGGUACCAGACCGAUGUCUAGAGUACUGCGCCAACUUUAAAGGUGAUCUCAACAUGACAAACACAAACCUGGCCACCAAGAACUCAAUGCUGGAUUGGUAUGCUACGCCCGCCAGCACCGAACUAUCAUUCAUCAUCGAGUUUGGUGCGGCCGACUCGCUAAUGGUGUCUCGUCAAGAGAUUGGCGCCGAUCGUUUGAUCAUCUCAAACUUCCCUCUAAGCAUGUCCAAGUACUUGGACUCGAAUCAAGUGUCGAUCAACAUUUCACAUCCACAACUGCCCGCCAUUUUCACUUGCAAAGAGCGCAAUGCUGCGCCCGCACCAACUGUCGGCCUACUUUGUAAUAUCCCACCCCCUUCAACCUAUAAGGGCACGUUCACCUUGACCGUGUCUGGCGGUGGACAGACCGUUUCUACGACAUUCCGCUUCAACCCACCCGCCAUUGACGCGCUGCGCUACCAACCUGCCGACCCCAACCCCUCCCAACAACCGGCAAUGAGAGUGAUCACAAUCAUUGGUCGUGGAUUCCAAUACUUGUCACCAGUCAUAGACAUACUCAACUUUAUCGAUGGCACCGCCUACACUUACACGGUCGAUCCCUCUGGUACCCAGAUGUUGGUGUCAAUCAAUGAGUUCAACAUCCUGCCGCUACCCAUAACACUGAGGUACAACGAUACGACAAUCGUGUACUGGCGUCCAGCCAUCCUCGACCAAGCUUCACAACUACACUACGUCGGUGUGCCAUUCUCUGUGGACCUACCGACCGCCAUCGCUCUAAGUGAGCAGUACAGCGCUAUCAAUGAGGAUGGAUAUGUCGCGCUGGUCGACUCAAGUGCCACGGCAUCAUUCAUUGGCAACACUCUGUUCCUCGGCAGUUCAUCGAUCAAGUCGAUCUGGCAGAAUAUCAAGUAUCAACAAUUGGGUCUCAAUGGCGGCAACUUCAUCUACAAUGAUCAUGUGAUCAAUUUGACACCAGUGCCACAACCAACGACAACUGGCAACUUUUACUACGACAUGGUGCUUGGAAAGAUUGUUGGAGUGGACCCCGCCUCCAUCUCUCAGACACGUCCCUUUGUCGUUGUGCUGGGUGUCCGCACACCAGUCGUCGACACUAGUGUCAACCAGGUAUCAAUCCCAAUCGAUGGUGGCUCGUACCCUAUCGCGAUGCUCAAGAACUAUGGCUGGGCAUCGUCGUCAACUGGCGUCAUCAUGAUCAGGGGCACCCUAAACCUUACUGGCUCACUGGAUGUGCCCAACAAGAAGUUGUUGAUCAACGAUGGCAACGGAGGCUAUGCCAACCGCACGGUCCAAGUUGUGCUGCCCGACAAACGAGUGUUCCCCUACUACAUCUGGUACGACGCGCCCAUCAUCAAGACGUUGACCCGUGCAUCGGCUGCCUCGACUCAGAUCACAAUGACUGGACUCAACUUUAUUCCACUCGCACUCGAGAUCUAUCCCAAGUGCACUAUUGUUGGCUCAAUGACAACGACAACAAUGAUCGUCUGCAACCUGGAUGCCAACCUUGCACCCCAACGCUACAACCUAACAGUCAAGAUUGUUGCAGAAGCAGGCACUGGCAACGAUGUUACAUCAAAGCCCUACGACCUGGAUCUCCGUAAGAUGGCUCUGACAUCAGUGUCGCCACGUGCCAUCCCCUCUUCAGGUGGCACGAUAACAGUGUUUGGAUCGGCAUUUGGAAAUAACAUCGAUGUACUACAGGUCAAGUUUGUCAACACGACUCAGGCACCAGUCAACUGCGUUUCCUUUGCCACAAUAGACUCUGCAUGCGUGUUAAACAUUGUCAAUGCACCACCCGAGGGAACCUACAACAUUGCCAUCAUGCGUGCAGGUGAUGCAACUUCCACUUCCAACACAGUUCAAUUCACAGUCAAAAACUUGGUCGUGAACAAUGUAACACAGGAUCAAUCAAACCUUCAAACGAUACAGGUGUUUGGAGACAGUCUAAUGAUGUACAGUCCAUCGUUGAGUGUGGCAGUGGGAGGUGCACCAUGCAAGCCAUUGAUCUUUAUCAAUGACACACUCUUGACAUGUACAAUCCAAUCAUCAGCAGCCAAUGGAUCAGUCGUCAUCAGUAACCAGGGCAAUCUAAAGCCAUUCAAAUCAACAUACAUAUUCAGACCAGUAUUAUUAUCAAUGGAACCACCAACAUUUGAUCUGAUGAAUGUAUGGAUGAAUGCUGCACCAAGCCCAGAUGGAAAGGUCUUUACUCCGCUCUAUAAGGUGGGGGCAAACCAUAAAUUGUUUGCGCGAAAUCAAGAUGGUCUUCAGUCCAACACAUUGUUGGUAUCCUACCCUCUGCCCCUGGUCUUUAACACUACCGGUAGUAACAACACUGUUCUAAUGGUCUUGGGCAACUACCUGUAUCAUUUCGACUCUGGUAAUGCCAUGCUCGAGGGACUCACAUCCGAUCCAAUCCCCUCAACAGUGUCCUCGGCCACAUACACUACGCUUCAGUUCCAACUGCCACCCACCGUUAGGAGUGGAACAUUCUCAAUCGUGUCGGGCGGCCAGCGAUCCAAGCCAAAGACAUUCACAGCCGUACCAAGAUUCGAGAACAGCACCAGUCCACCAACCAAUGGAGGCUUGAUCAACAUCACCGGUUACUACAUGGCACCAUACUCCUACAUCAAUGAUCAGGUGCUAAAGAUUACUGUGGGAGGCUUAGAGUGCACUGAACUCAAGGUGUUGAGACAGGUCGAUAGCUGGUACCAACUGUCAUGUGUUGCUCCUCGUGGAACUGGAAAGAGCAACAUGAUAAUUACCAACAAUGUUGGUGAUGGCUUCGGCUAUGCACUCGACUACCAAUCUCCAUCAGUGGUCGGUGUCCGUUCCACUCAGUUCAAUCAGUCUGGCACAGUUACAAUCAAUGGCGCCAACUUUGCCAACACCAACUUGAACGUGACCAUCGGUGGCAAACAGUGUAUCAAUCCACGAUCCAACAAUGAUGGCACAGAGAUUCAAUGUCAGUUCAGCUCAGAUGUACCAUAUCCAGACAGCAAUCAAUCAUUGCCAGUGACCGUCUCGGUCGACUCUCUGCACUUUACCUCUCAAUCAUUCAUCUACCAAGUGCCAACUCAGUGUCCAGUGUGCCAGCAUGGUGAUUGCAACAGUACUUUGAGCAAGUGCCAGUGCCAACAGGGAUGGACUGGUAUUACAUGUUCAGUGGAGAUUCAAGUUGGUCAGACUACAGACAUACCAAACAUCGAUAGCAACACGACACAAGUGGUACUCGGAUCAAGCGAUCAUAAUCUUCACUUCAACAUUAGUGUGACAGAGCUUAGAGAGGUCACAUCGAGCAAUGUUGUUGUCAAGCAGGUAUACCUCAAGGAUGCUUCAUGGACCACACAGAAUUUCGGCAGCGGACACUUUAUAUUGAAUGGCACAUUCAGCAGCGAUCCACUAUUGAGUGUAGUUAUCGACAUGACAGUGUUUACCAAUGCCAGCCAGUAUGACUUUGCUGGCGAUGCGUUCCAAGUGCUGGACAACUCAAUCAAGUAUGUGGUCCGAAUCAACAGCUGGUCGUUUGGUGCCAAGACCAACGCACUGCAAGUUCUCUUCCUGUCACAGGCUGCCGCAUCAGUUGGGAACUGUGGCAAUGUACAAAAGUCAAAGGUUAGCGCUGCCGUAAGCAAUCAACAGUCUUCACUGCGUUCGAUUGAAAUUAGUCAGGGUGCUCUGGUGCUUGAGGGCUACUUCUCGGACCGUAUCAUCGUGGACGACAGAGUGUCACACAGUCAGGUCGAUGUGUUGCCAGACACUGAUGAGGCCGUUCAACAAGCAGUACAGACAUAUGGAGGCGACAAGCUCAACAUCUUGACUUGCAUCACCAUACCUCACUUUGAACAAUACGCAGUGGUCGAUCCAAACUUUGGCUCUUUGUUGGUGGCCCCAGCAGACGGCAAUGGAGAAUGUUCUGGCAAUGGAAACAACUGGAAGAUUCCAGUCAUUGUUACUUGUUCAGUUGUUUGUGCAUUGUUAGUCGUCGUUGCAACUAUCUUUAUCGUAAAGAAAAAUGCAGUGCUCAAACACAGAAUGAUGAGGACACUAAGUAUGAAGCGAUUCAAAUAA